AUGAAUUCAGAUCAAUCAGUUCAACCAGUCAAUCGCCUGUUGAUCUCCGUUGCGUCUCCCGCUAUCACUUGCUCAUCAACUACCACGAAUCGCAAAAUCGCUCCAGCGUUGUCCCUCGUUAACAGCAACAACUUCUACCACAAGAAGACAUUCCAGGAUCGGCGCAUAUUAGCCAUUCAUGAAACCCUCCACAAGUCGGGUAUCUUGUUCUUGGUUAGCAUUUACUGCUUUCUUUGCAACUUGAACGAACUGAAGCAAGCCAUAGGAGAGAAAGUUGAGCUUUUUGCCUCAUUCUACCAGGACCAGUUUGCCAUGCUCCCAUUUAUUGGAGAGUUGGAGCUUACUAGAGAUGAGUUUGAAGUCGUGCUCAACUUGUUUGAUGAUUUUUACAUUGACUACAAUUUCAUCACAUUGGGUAGUCAAAAGAGCGUCAAGAAUAAGGGUAAAUUGCAACAAGCGCUUUCUGAGUGGUUCAAAACACGUGGUGUGGUUAUGGAAUCCAACAAGGAGUUUUCAAGGGAAGUACUUAGCGUUGCGUUGAAUGAUUGGUAUCUGCAUUUGCAGAGAUAA